AUGCGCCUAAAUCUUAAAAAGUCAAUUUCAAUCAGGCACUCUUUGUUGUUUAACCUUUAUUAUGUAUUCGGGCGAAUUCCAUCCACUUACAGCGAGGAUGAUACAUACAGAUGGAUCCUGCAUACAAAUCGUCACUCGCAGUCGCCGCUCCCUGAGCAAGCAGUUAAAAUUUCAUCUGACAAAUAUGAUAGACUUGAAGUCCUCCAUGGAGGCUCCACUAUGGCUUCAUCUGCUACCAAUGACUCGAUAAAAAUAUCAGAUACCAAUCAGCUGAUUCAAGACUCCUAUCAUAAAUGGUUGCUACCGUCCUCACUUCAAACCUCAGGCUCAGAUCGACCAAAGUUAUUACCAGAUCAAAUUGGUCUCUCAUCUGCCCUCGAAAGAGUAACUGUACUUUCUUCAAGCAAAGUGGACGAGCUGAGUGACCGAUCAAGUUAUUCCAAGCUGUCACUUUCGAAGGAUUUCCAACCGCCGGAGCCCGCCAAACGGGAACAACCUGCUUAUGCAGAUUGGUUGCUACCGCCGACUCUUUCUCUCGCCACUUCAGCUAGGCGUGAAGAUGCUCACAUUUUUAACGGUUUUCCCAGCAAGCAAACGGUGUCUAAUGCUGCGCCUGAGUCAAAAGGCGAUUUCGAUUAUUUCAAAUGGCUACUGCCUCAGGACAAGUAUCAUUUUUCUUCAAAGACAUCUCAUUUGCUGGCAUCGAAGCAUCAUGAUGCCAGGCUUCCGUCCUAUGUUGACUGGCUACUACCGGCUGCAAUUGACCCCUCCGACGCUGCUAAACACCACCUGCCGUCUCAAAGGGAGUCCGGCCGAAAGUUGACCAAUUCACCUGCUGGUUUAGACUACCAAAAAUGGUUGGCUCUUGAGACGAAUACUUUGUGCUCGUCGGAAGACAUCACGUUACGCAAUUCGUGUAUAGACCAGCUUUCGAGCCCAACUUCGGUGCAUGCAAAUGUGCGUCCUCAUUCUGACACUGCCGGCCCCUCUACUUCCAGAGUAUACCGGCCUGAAGAUUAUUAUUCCCCGAUCACUGGACAGGAUCAGUUAGCCUCUUGUGCCGCAUUGUUUUCUCUCUUAGCAACUGAUCCGAAUGCACCCUCAGAGUCGUGUCCAACUCGUAAAUACCGGUUAGCAACGAGGCCACAAAAUGCCUCAAAUCAGUCGGAUGAAUACUCCGAACGGCUGGCUCCUGGACACAAUGUGCCACGUAAUCCAAGCCUAACUCUUCCGUCCUCGUGUCGAACUGAGCCGCAAUUUUCCCCACCGCCUACCGGCUGCGACGUGAAACGCACAGCUCAGCGCUUUUGGCCGACUGAUUUCCGGUACCAAAAGCCCACUUGCCACGACAUCGGUGUAUCAACUUGCCAAUUGUCGGAUGAGACGGUGACGCAUUGCGAGCUGGUUUUGAUGGAAUCUCAACCACCUCAGGUUAAUCGGUUGCUUUAG